AUGCAAAGCUCGACCUACGGGAUUCACUGGCGAUGGCUCGUUGUCUUCUCGGCUGCGGCGGCGGCUGUCAAUCCCCCUCCGCAACCACACCGACCCUGGGUAGCGCAUCGGCCUCUCGCGGUUGCCUCCCAUGCCUGCCAGCGACCUCGGUCAGGUGGGCGCCGGCAACUCUGGGCAUGUGGUGUGGGCGCAAUGGACUGCGGGCAGGCAGGCGGCAGCGACGGGGGCAGCAUGCGCCCACUGGCGGGCUCCGGGAAGGCAAACAAUGGCGACCUUUACCAGAUGUGUGACAUAGCGAGCAGGGAAGCGGCGGCGGCGACGAUGGGGCAAAAGCGCGAGGGGGCAGAUGGCGUGUUUAGAAGAAAACAACUAUUUCGUUAUUAG